AUGGCUACUUACCUCAGUCCUUGUUCAUCUUCUUCAACCUCAUCCACACGUUCUUCAUUCAAGAACGAGACGCCCCAGUUCAGCAAAUUCAUCACUUCGCUAAGAGAAGCACAUUCCUCCUCCAGAUGGGUUUCUCAGAUUUGCCUCAGAACCCCUGCCAGAAAGCACUUCCAGCUCAAAUCGUCAAAUGGGCAUCCACUCAAUGCUGUGUCUUUCAAUGACGCUGGAAGUCCUGUGGGCAAAGAGCAGACUGAACCUCGAGGCAAAGUCUUUCCCAUCUCAGAUUCAGAAAAUGUAGAAUCUAAAUUAAGCAUAACCGUUGUUGGUGCUUCUGGAGACCUUGCCAAGAAGAAGAUUUUUCCCGCACUUUUUGCUCUUUAUUAUGAAGAUUGUCUACCUGAGAAUUUUGUGGUGUUUGGUUAUGCUCGAACUGAAAUGACUGAUGAAGAGCUAAGGAACGUGAUUAGCACAACCUUGACUUGCAGGAUAGAUCAGCGGGAAAAUUGUGAGGAGAAAAUGGAUCAGUUCUUGAAAAGGUGCUUCUACCAUGCUGGUCAGUAUAAUUCUGAGGAGCAUUUUGCAGAAUUGGACCGCAAGCUGAAAGAGAAGGAGGCUGGAAGCAAGUCAAAUAGGUUGUUUUACUUAUCAAUACCUCCAAACAUAUUUGUGGAUGUGGUGAGAUGUGCUAGCGUUAGAGCUUCUUCAGCAAAUGGGUGGACAAGGGUCAUUGUUGAAAAGCCAUUUGGUCGCGACUCUGAAUCAUCUGCUCAGCUAAUCAAAUGUUUAAAGCACUACCUUACUGAAGACCAAAUAUUUAGGAUUGACCAUUACUGGGCAAGGAGCUUGUUGAGAACCUGUCGGUGCUUCGCUUCUCAAAUCUUGUUUUUGAGCCUGUCUGGUCUCGGAACUACAUUCAGGGAAGAGGAGGUUACCCUUGUUUCCAGAUAUUUUGAUAAGUAUGGAAUCAUACGGGACAUAAUGCAAAAUCAUCUUCUGCAAAUACUAGCACUGUUUGCUAUGGAAACACCAGUCAGCUUAGAUGCUGAAGACAUUAGGAAUGAAAAGGUAAAGGUUCUAAGGUCAAUGAGGCCACUGCUGCUUGAAGAUGUAGUUGUCGGUCAAUAUAAGGGCCAUAGCAAGGGCAGUAAAUCGUAUCCUGCUUAUAUAGAUGACCCAGCUGUGCCAAAGGACAGUCGCACCCCUACAUUUGCAGCAGCAGCUCUCUUUAUUGAUAAUGCCAGAUGGGAUGGGGUUCCUUUCUUGAUGAAAGCAGGAAAAGCACUCCAUACUAAGCGAGCAGAGAUCAGAGUCCAAUUCAGACAUGUCCCAGGUAAUUUGUACAAGAGGAACUUUGGAACUGAUUUAGAUAAGGCUACAAAUGAGCUUGUGCUUCGUGUACAACCUGAUGAAGCUAUAUAUCUGAAGAUCAACAACAAAGUCCCUGGUCUUGGAAUGAGACUAGAUCGAAGUGACCUAAAUUUGCUUUACCGAUCAAGGUAUCCAGCAGAAAUACCAGAUGCAUAUGAGAGGCUACUCUUAGAUGCAAUUGAAGGGGAACGGAGGUUGUUCAUUAGAAGUGAUGAGCUUGAUGCUGCUUGGGCUCUAUUCACACCAUUGUUGAAGCAGCUUGAUGAGAAGAAGAUUGUUCCUGAGCUCUACCCCUACGGUAGUAGAGGGCCCGUAGGACCACAUUAUCUUGCUGCAAAGCACAAUGUCAGAUGGGGAGAUCUCGGCGAUGAUGACUAG